AUGUCAGAGAUUCCUAUUCAUUUUCGACACUGCAUUUUGUAUGAGUUCCAAUUAGGGAACAAUGCAAGUGCUGCUGCCCGCAAUAUAUGUGCUGCACUUGGUGAAGGUGCUGUUGCUGAUCGAACGUGUCGAGAUUGGUUUAAAAGAUUUCGUGAAGGUGACAUGUCAUUAGAAGAUCGUCCGAGAUCUGGACGUCCUCACGAGUCUGAUAUUGAACGAUUAAAAGUCCUGAUCGAAGACAAUUCACGAUUAACCACCCAUGAAUUGUCAGCAAUGCUCGGGUGCGACCAAUCCACCAUUGAUCGCCAUUUGCAUAAAAUGAGAAAAGUUAAUAAACUUGGAACAUGGGUUCCACAUCAAUUAACCUCGGACAACGUACAGCAAAGAAUCACCAUAUGCAAUUCUUUGUUGUCAAAACGCAACCGACAUAGAUUUCUUCAGCAGAUAGUUAUUGGUGAUGAAAAGUGGGUUCUAUAUGUCAACCAUACGCGCAAGCGCCAGUGGGUAAAUCCUGAAGAUUUGCCCAAACCAGAACCAAAAAACGACCUGCACCCGAAAAAGGUGAUGCUCUCAAUUAGGUGGGAUUUUCAAGGUAUUAUUUACUGGGAACUCCUUCCGCCUAACACUACCGUCGACUCGAAGCUGUACUGCAAACAACUCCAAAAUCUGAAGGUUGCAUUGCAAGCAAAUCGUCCUGAAAAACGAAAAGUUCGAUUACUUCAUGACAAUGCAAAACCUCAUACGGCUAAGGUCACUCGCCAAAAGCUGGAAGAAUUAGGCUGAGAGGUCCUACCUCAUCCACCAUAUUCACCAGACUUGACACCAUCUGACUAUCAUUUGUUUUGAUCGCUCCGCAAUCAUCUGGUCAAAAAACACUUCGAUGAUCAAGCCCACCUAAAAUCGGACAUCGAAACUUAUUUUUUGUCUUUGUCUGUGAAGUUCUUUGAAGAUGGUAUUCUGGACUUGCCUAAAAGAUGGGAGAAUGCAAUAGAUAACAACGGUGUAUAUGUUGUUGAUUGAUGACAUUUUAUUUCAAUAAAAUCUCGAAACCGAGAAGAAGAAAAAAAUCGGCGGAGACUUUUGCAUCAACCCGAUAUUUUGUCAGAAUGGGUUCUUCACCGUUUUCCUUCUGAACAAUGAAUAAGAAAUUUCACGUUUUGAGCAAAUCCCUUGCACUCGUUUCCAUCAAAAGAAUGAGAAAAAUUACAUUCUUUCGAAUCUAUAUGCUUAUCUACAUCUUUGCUUGACUGUCAGUCUACAUAGGUAUCUAUUUCUGAAAGUAAUGACAAAACAUUUAAAAAAACUCAUACAUAGAUGGAACCGGUCUGGAUUUUUGUCGACCAAUAUCGGUACCGGUACCGGUUUGGUUCAUUCAGAGCGGAUCGGACCGGCUGGUCUGAAACCCAUGUUAAUAUCGACUGUACUUCUGUAAUCCCUGAAUUGACUAAAGAAUAUGGACUUUAAAGUGAAAGGCGAUUGUCUUCACCCAUUUUAUACAUCAGUUGACUGGUUUAAGCUCGACAAAUAUUUCUAUUUCUAAUAAGACCAGGAAAAGGAUAGAGCAUACCAGCAAUCGACCGAUCUACUAGAAAACCAGUCGAUCUCCGUAGACUGGUCCAUCAAAAAUCCUUACCGGUACCGGCUCGGAUCGGUCGCCGGUAUCAAUUCCAUCCAUGAGCUCAUACAAGUUUACAAGAGAGUUUGAGAUGACUAAAAAUAAAUAAGUAUUCAUCGAAAAUAAAAUGGCACACAUCAAAAACUUACAAGUAGUAAAAGCCAAACAAGACGAAAUUAAAACAAUCAUAAAAUAAAAAACAGUUUAAUAGUGUAAUAGCUAAAAUGGGAAAAAAAGAAAUUCAGCUCGAAGAAAACGAGAAAAGUGAUCUCGUUUUUUUUUUCAAGCUCAAAUUAACAUGAAAACGGUCUCGGAAAAAAGCUGUUAAUGCUAAAGCAAUGAAAGCGCAGAAAAAGAUCUCAGUUUUUUCUACAUAUGUGCACAUGUGGUAGUAUAGACGAGUGUAUAUGAUGGAUACGAUGAUGAACAGGAGAGAGAAAAAAUGAGUCAACCGAUGAGACGAUAUCCUAUGAUCAUUUCAAACAAUGAUUAAGAUCUGCACGAAUCUUAAACUAUUCUAAAAUGUUAUCUCCAAUAUUCUGUUCUUGUAAACUUGGUCUCAAACAAUAUUCAUGCAUCUAUACAACAGGUCUUAUGAUGAGUUGAGAAGUUCGAACAAUCUUACAGUUAAUUGGAAAAAGAAAUGUCAAUGAUUGAAGAAAAAAAGUUAAAUAUGCCCUGUUGAAGGACUAAUUUAUUGUACAUCUUUAUCUUAUGUAUUUUUAUACGUAAUAAUAAAUAUAACAUUAAUAAUAUAUCUUGUUUAUUAGCAUACGAAUAAACUAGGACAAUAUACUGUAUUUUUCUUUUCAUCAUAUUAAAUCAAGAUCUUUUUCUCUAAUUUCGUUGCUUCAGUACCAAUGACUUUUAUUUCGAGAUCAUCUUUCUGUUAAUUUGAACCUGAAAAAACGAGAUUAUUUUCAUCAUUUUUGGCCUAAUUAAGCACUUUGAGAUCAUUUUCUACUUUUUUUCCGAGAUCAAUUCAACUUCAUUCCACUUUUGUCGUCACAAUCAAUCAAUUUCUUCAAUAGCUAUUUUUCUAGAAAUUAUAUU